CGUAUCGUUGCUAGGUAGCAGUCGCCCUAACAUAUAAAACAGGUCAACGCAGCUCGUCAAAUCAAGCUCUCCAUCGUGUCUGUGCGAUGACGGAAGACACCGAGAAGAAAAUGCCAAUGAUUGCUGCCAGGGAAACUGGCCCCGGUCCCGGAAGAUAUGCUCUUCCCAGUGGUGUCGGCUUUCUGCACCACGACUUCACCAAGCUGCAGCAACCAGCUUUCUCUUUCGGGCACCGACUAGAAAACUCAAUGUUCAAGAAAGACUGCAGUCCUGGUCCUGGAUACUUCAUCGAACCCCUGAUUUCAAGGUAUGGAAAAGACGGCACACCAAGCUACUCUAUUCUGGGCAGACAAAAAGACCCCAACACCUUCAAAACUCCAGCACCAGGUACUUAUUCUCCAGAGAAAGUACAUCCCCAAGGAGAGCGCCACGCCCCUAACUACUCCAUGGGCCAGCGCACGCGGUACCGCAAAGCUGACACGGUACCGUCUGCCAACUCUUACUCUCUACCUCAACUACUCGGCAGCAAAGUUCCUAGUAAACGGUCAUCAGCCGCCUUUUCUAUGACAGGACGAGCAAAGACGGGCGGUUUCUCUGAAGAUCUUGCCAAGACUCCUGGCCCAGGCAGAUACAAUGGGGUAGAUCCUAAUGUAAGUGGAAAGAAAGCACCCGGAUAUUCCAUGCUUGGUAGGAGCUACAUGCCAGGAGACUCGACCAAGAAGCCCGGUCCUGGUGCUCACAAACCAGAGGGUGUCACAUGCAACAAGCCCAAGGCUCCUUCGUUUUCUCUGGGUAUUCGACACUCUGAGUACAUCACACCACUUAUUAUUGAUGUUCCUGAGUAAAUAAGUACAACAAGACAUCAUAAGAACAUUCUCUUUCUCUUUUGAAAAUGUAGAUUUAGUACUCUGUCUGUACAAACAGAGCGAAUGUACUCUGGCAAUUGACUGUCUUUGGCUGAAUAAAAUAACGACGCAAACCAUCUA